AGUGAGCGAGCGCUGUCUCUUAGUAACGGACACGAACCGCCUGACACGAUGGAGUUUGAAGCUGCGGUUUUCCCCGAGCUCGGAGGAUAUGGACGCUACAACCGGCUCGUUGUGGUUUUCAGCUGGUUUCCGCACUUCGCCGUGGCUUUAAACGUUUUCUGUGAUAUUUUCUUAUCGCUCGUACCGGAGUUGUAUCACUGCCAAGUGGAUCCGGAUUUACUGCCCGCCGGUUUCCCCCUCAGCAACUUCUCCCCUCAGGCUGAGCUCAACUUCACCAUCCCGUGGCACAGCGGCUCCGGACCGAGCCACUGCCAGCUUUAUAAGUACCCGAGGAACUGGACCGGCUCGGAGAAGGAGCCCCGGGGGCUGGUGCCGUGUACCCGGGGCUGGUGGUUCGGGCCAGCCGCAGGGCUCCACACGAACUUCGUCACUCAGUGGAACUUGGUUUGUGAGGACUACUGGAAGAUUCCUCUGCAGCACGUCUGCUUCAUGACCGGCUGGAUCCUCGGCUACGUGCUGCUCGGCACUCUGUGUGACUGGUUAGGUCGGCGUGGAACUCUGCUGCUCUCCAUCUCUUUCUCAGGCCUGCUCGGUGUCACACUGUGUUUCUCCAGAAGCUUUGUGGUGUUUCAGCUCCUCCGUCUGGGCCAAGGCAUCGUGCUCGCUGGUGUCUUUGUCUCCUCCUAUAUCACCCGUUUGGAGGUGUGCGAUCCUCCUCACAGGCUCGUGGUGUCCAUGGUGAGUGGUUUCUUCUCCGUGUUUGCUGAGCUCAUCCUCCCGGGCCUGGCUGUGCUGUGCAGGGAGUGGCCUGUGCUCCAGACUGUGGUUACAAUGCCUCUACUGCUGCUGCUGUCUUACUGGUGCUGUCCCUCUGUGUUUCCCGAGUCUCCCCGCUGGCUUCUGGCUACAUCUCAGAUUCCUCAGGCCAAGAGAUGUCUACAGCUGUUCUGUACCCGAAACAGAGUGCAUAGGAGAGACGAGCUUUACCCAGCAGAGACUCUGCUGACAGAGAUCGAUGUGGCAUUUCCAGAAGACCUAGAGCCAGAGUACCAUCACAUCUUUGAACUCCGUCACACCAGAGUUGUCUGGAGGAACUGUCUCAUCCUGGCCUUUACCCUUUUCUUAGGCACAGGGAUCCAGUACUGUUUCACCCGGAACAUCCACAGCUACUCGCCGCAAUUCUACUUUAGCUAUUUCCUGCGAACUCUGAUGGGAGCCAUGGCGUGCGGCUUCCUGUGCAUGUCUGUUGACCGUGUGGGCCGGAGAGGAAUUUUGCUGCUAGCUGCAAUCAUCACAGGCCUGUCCUCACUAGUGCUACUGGCCCUCACACAGUACCUGCAUGGAAAACUGGUGUUGGUGCUGUCACUCCUGGGGCUUUUCUCCUCUCAGGCUCUGGCCAUGCUCAGUGUGUUCUUCGCCAGUGAAGUCAUGCCUACAGUCCUGCGGGGUGGCGCUCUGGGUCUGGUGAUGGCUGCCGGCAGCGUGGGCACAGCCGCCUCAUCACUGAUGGAGCUGCAGAACAACGGCGGCUACUUCCUGCACCACGUGAUGUUCGCCUCGUUCGCUGUGAUCUCCGUGCUCUGCAUCAUGCUGCUGCCCGAGAGCAGGCGCAAAGCCCUGGCUGACUCUCUGAAAGACGGAGAUUGUCUGCGCCGGCCUUCGUUUUUCUGCCCCAGGAGAGGGACAGAUGAUCUCCCGCUGCUCCAUCCAGCUUCUCAGUACAGUCCAGAGAGCUACUCAUGCCUGCUCAGCACCACCAGGCUGAUGCUCGCUCAGGAAACAGUGAUGUACAGGCUCGCACCGACAUCUCCGCCACCGCUGCUGCAGAGUAACGAUACUUCACAGGAUGACCAUGAUAUCUGACCAUAGCAGUGGGUUAUAAUUUCACAAUAGUGACUUUUACAUGAAUUUUAUAAUCUAUUUUGUUUCAGCUGCUGUUUCACUCCACUUUCCAUCUGUCCAGUAGGUGGAGCUGCACACGGCCAGGCCCUUAAACUUGAGUUUUGAGAUUGGUGUGUGUGUGACGCUACAUACUGAUAUGAUUGAAGCAUUGUUACUAUUAAUGCUUUUAUUGUCUUUUAAUAUAGUGAAGUCCAGCUUGAUGAUGCUGAUAUACUGUAAGGUGUGAGAUGUUAGAAAGGAGAAAGCAUACUUGCUUCCUCUCUCCAUUUAAAAUUGUCCACAUCCACUUUUUUCAGAUGUUUGCUCUCUAACUAAAUACCUACCCAUAAAUCUACAGUUAAGGCCGUAGUGCAUGCUGUACCUGUAUUGAAAGUUCUCCCAUAUUAAUACUGAUUCAUUUCUUUCGUAUUAUUGAAGGAACAGUCCACCGUACUUCCAUAAUGAAA